AGGCGGGAAGAAGUAUUUUUCCUGCACGUCCAUUUUGUCAUGAGGUUCAGGGCGAAGUUGGUCGACAUCGGCUCAAUACAGCACUUUACUCGUAUAAUAGCAACUAUCACACGGCUCUGCAAAACUUGUGUAUUACGGAUAACACUUGAGAAAUUUUAUUUCAUUAUCUUGGAGAAGGCUUUACAUGGUGGUGCCAAAGUAUGGUGUGAACUGUUUCAAGACCAUUUCUUUGAUGAAUAUAUGUUGGAUGGACUCUCUAAAGAUAAUGAUGAGAUAUUCUUAGAAAUAAAUCCUGAUAAUCUUCUAAAAGCACUCAAAACUGGUCAAACUGCCAAAUGGAUCAAAAUAAAAUUGACCAAAAAACAAGUUCCUUCUUUAACACUUGAAGUUGAUUUGCCUACAGUUACUGGCCUGAGUCGCACUGUAGUCCAUGAUAUACCAGUCUCGGUGUUAGCAUUACGUCAUUGGGCAGACUAUGAUGAACCAGAUGUACCUGACUUCGAUGUGAGUAUAAAUAUGCCUGCAUUGAAGCUUCUUCGCAAUGUUGUUGAUAAAAUGAAGAGUAUUAGUAAUUUUGUGAUAGUUUCUGCAAACUGUGAUGGUAAAAUGAAGUUAAUGGUGGAAACAGAUGUAGCAUCUGUUUGUACUUAUUUCAGGGAUUUGACAAACCCUAAAUGGAAGGACAAAAACAGCGACCUGAUCCAGUCCUCUUCUAAAGAUCCUUCUGAGUUCUCUGAAGUGAGAGUAGACCUCAGGAAAUUUGCUCAAUUUCUUAAUGGUCUACAAUUAAAUCCGUCACGUGUUAUAUGUAAUUUCAGUGAAGACCAAAUGAUACACAUUUUACUUCUUCAUGAUGAUGUAACUCUCCAGUAUUUUAUGCCUGCUGUAUCGGUCUAACUUUUGACUUUUAUGGAAACUUACUUUAUGGCUAAUGUGAACAGAGAAAGAUUAACAAAGUAGAUGUAUUUUGAUUCAUCCAUUCAAAGUAAAACAAUUUUUUUAUUAUCAUAAUUUCACAUUUGUCGGAAAUGUAUGGGUUUGUUUUUGUUUUUUUAUAUAAUUACCCAUCUGUUAUAAUUAGUCACUAUCAUAAAACAGAAGGUAUGAUGCUGAAAAAUACAUAUCUUUGACUUGGUUUUAACUUUAAGUUAUGACUGUCUCAUUUCAUUUAUAUCAAUAAUGCCUUGGGAUAAUCAUGAACUGCAAAAUUCCUAUUUUUCUUAUCCUUAAAGGUCUUGCGUUCAUAUCCUACCUAGGGAGAAGAAUAUGUAAACAUUCUAGUUGAUUUUCUCAGAGAUACGACAAUCAUGUUUGGACUGUAAUAUUUUCACUGCAAUGUGUCAGUCACAACAUGUCAUUAUCAUUUUUCAAGAUGUGACAGCCAUGUCAGAUUAUGUCCAUACCUUCUCUGAAAUGUGACAGUCAUAAGUUAUAUCUGCAUCUUCAUUAAGAUAUAACAAAACCAUGUG